GUACCACAAUAGUAUUUAACUUUUAUUUUUUCUUUCACCGGACGACACCAUAUUUAGUUUUACGGAGCCGUCAGAUCGACCCGCGUCCCCAUCCCCGAACUACCCUCUCUUCCAGCAAACCACUAAGAUCUCUCUCUCUCUCUCUCUCAUUUUUGAACCGAAACGCCAAUCUCAUACCAAAAUCGUUUUUAGCAGCUCGACGAAGCAGAAUAGCCAUGAUUUGAUUCUCGAAUUCCGAGAGAACUCGCUGCAUUCCGCCGCCCCCAAUCUGACCCUCAAAAAGGGUUUUUGAUGCGUUCGAAUUGUCUGGUUAGAGAGAUUCGGAUCGAGUUUUAUUUUCUCGGUUCGUAAUCAGAAGAUGGCGUGGUUUAGUGGGAGAGUUUCAUUAGGGAACUUUCCGGAUCUGGCCGGAGCGGUGAAUAAGCUCCAGGAGAGUGUGAAGAACAUCGAGAAGAAUUUCGACUCCGCUCUCGGUUUGGAAGAGAAGUCGGAGAAGUCCGAAUCCAGCAAUGAAGGUUUAUGGGCUUCUGCCCCUGACAGGAAAGCCCUAUUUGAUCCUGUCAUGGCCUUUAUGGGGCAUACAAGUGAGGAAAGUACUGGCGAAUCAUCGGCAAUGCAGGAAUCUUCCCAGCAUCCACAUACAGUUGAGGAAUCGUCUGGAGACCCUGGAUCUCCGCAGCAUAAAUCUAGAGUAGAGGAAAAAGAAGGAACUGAACCAGAAACUGACAGAUCUCUCCAUUCGGCAGCUGAACAAGACACUGCAGAAGAUGAAAAUGAAGUGCGCAAGGUAGACAAGGAUGCUGAGCAUCCAGAGACAGCAGGGGAAACAAAUAAUGUGAUUUUGUACCCUGACAAAGCUGAAUCUGAAUUAACACCUAUGCCUGUUAUACAAGCUGAACCCACUGGUCAGGAUGUUGAGACAUUAGAAUCUGUUGGCAUGCUACUAGAGAAAGAAAUUUCAGAAGUGGGACACUCUGAAAAUUCAGAGUUGGUGCAAACAAAGUCAGGUGUCAUUGAAGUAGAUGAGAGUAGCAUGGUUGUGCCACACAAGUCAGAUAAUGUCGUUGAUAUGGGUGAGAGCAUGGAUGAACAGAAGACACAAGUAGAGAACAUGGAUAAACAGAAGUCACAAGCAGAAGAGCUUUCAGAGACAAUUGAUCCAGUUCAAGCCGAGGCAUCAAGUGAUAGUCAUGCUGAAGGCGGGACUGAGCCCUCUGGUUUACACUCUGCUAGUACCGAGGAGACUGAUAGCCCUGAUGAAUCUUCUAACUAUCCCUUGACCACAGCACUUCCUUCAGAUGAAGCUUCAACAAUUGUUUCUGACUUGGUUUCUCCUGAAAGUCAUGCAAUUGUUAAAGCAGUGGAAGUGGAUCAGCAAGUAAAUGAUUAUGAAACUGACAUCAAAGAGCAACAGUUGAGCUCAGGAUUAAACGUCUCUGACUCUUCAGAUUCUAUGCUUGAAUUGGAGAAGGUGAAGAGAGAGAUGCAAAUGAUGGAAACUGCAUUGCUAGGUGCUGCUAGACAAGCUCAGGCAAAAGCUGAUGAGAUUGCGAAGUUUAUGAAUGAAAAUGAACACCUAAAAGCUGUGAUUGAGGAUUUGAAGAGAAAAUCCAAUGAUGCUGAAAUUGAGUCUUUGCGGGAGGAAUACCACCAGAGGGUUUCAACUCUUGAGAGGAAGGUUUAUGCUCUUACUAAGGAAAGGGAUACACUUAGGAGAGAGCAGAAUAAAAAAAGUGAUGCAGCUGCUCUUCUGAAAGAAAAAGAUGAAAUUAUUAGUCAGGUUAUGGCUGAAGGUGAGGAGCUCUCAAAAAAGCAGGCUGCUCAAGAAUCUCAGAUUAGGAAAUUAAGGGCUCAGAUUAGAGAGAUUGAAGAAGAGAAGAAGGGGCUGAACACUAAACUUCAGGUAGAAGAGAAUAAAGUAGAGAGCAUCAAGAAGGACAAGGCAGCUACAGAGAAGUUGCUGCAAGAAACAAUAGAAAAACACCAAAUAGAACUUGCAUCACAGAAAGAGUAUUAUACAAAUGCUUUGAAUGCUGCAAAGGAGGCUGAGGCAUUAGCAGAGGCACGCGUCAAUAAUGAAGCCAGAACUGAACUAGAGAGUCGUUUGAGAGAGGCUGAGGAACGUGAAUCUAUGCUAGUUCAGGCGCUUGAAGAAUUAAGGCAAACUCUAAGUAGAAAGGAGCAGCAGGCAGUGUUUAGAGAAGACAUGCUUCGCAGGGACAUUGAGGAUCUUCAAAAACGUUAUCAAGCGAGUGAGCGCCGAUGUGAGGAGUUGAUCACGCAAGUUCCAGAAUCUACGAGGCCUCUUUUAAGACAGAUUGAAGCUAUGCAGGAAACAACUGGUAGAAGGGCAGAAGCUUGGGCUGCUGUUGAGAGAUCCCUUAAUUCUCGGCUCCAGGAAGCAGAGGCCAAAGCUGCAGCUGCUGAGGAAAGGGAGAGAUCUGUGAAUGAACGCUUAUCGCAAACCUUAUCUCGUAUUAACGUUCUUGAGGCUCAGAUUUCAUGUCUUAGAGCAGAACAGACACAGUUAAGUAGAUCACUUGAGAAGGAAAGGCAGAGAGCAGCUGAAAAUAGGCAAGAGUACCUUGCAGCCAAGGAAGAAGCUGACACUCAAGAAGGUCGUGCAAGGCAGCUUGAAGAAGAAAUUAAGGAACUCAGGCGGAAACACAAGCAAGAGUUACAAGAUGCACUGAUGCACAGGGAACUACUGCAGCAGGAGAUAGAAAAGGAGAAAGCUGCUCGGUUGGAUCUGGAAAGGACAGCUCAUGUCCAUUCUGUUGCUGCAUCUGAUCAAACUCUCACAACACAGCACACUUCUGCUUAUGAGAAUGGUAACUUGACCCGAAAACUUUCCAGUGCCAGCAGCCUGGGCAGCAUGGAGGAAAGCUAUUAUCUGCAAGCAUCUUUGGACUCAUCUGACAGUUUUGCCGAGAGAAGAAACGCUGGAGAGGCAACUAUGAGUCCAUACUAUAUGAAGAGCAUGACCCCUAGUACUUUCGAAGCUGCUCUUCGUCAGAAGGAGGGUGAGCUGGCAUCUUACAUGUCUCGUUUGGCAUCACUGGAAUCUAUUCGUGAUUCUCUUGCUGAGGAGUUGGUCGAAAUGACAGCACAAUGUGAAAAGUUACGGGCAGAGGCUUCCAUGUUGCCUGGCAUACGGGCAGAGCUAGAUGCAUUAAGGAGGAGGCACUCUGCUGCAUUGGAACUAAUGGGUGAACGUGAUGAGGAGCUGGAAGAACUUCGUGCAGAUAUUAUAGACUUGAAGGAGAUGUAUAGGGAGCAAGUAAACUUACUCGUGAAUAAGAUCCAGGUAAUUGGUCCAUGAAUGGGUACUGCCUGAUAAGCUCACCUAGCAUUGUGGUAUGUACCAGUCUUUCAUCAUUGGUUUCACAAUUGGAAAGCCCCACCCCAAUCUUA